GUCAAGUCUCCAGUGGCAAUGGUGUAACAAAAUAAUGGAUAAAUUCGCAGUUGAUAUAGAAAAAGUGUUGGAUGAAUUUGAAUAUAAUGAAGGUAGAGAAGAAUCUGUCACACCUGUGGUUAUCAAGAAUCAUUCCUUGUCACGUAUAACACAGAAACCACUGAGGCCACCUGCUGCAAGUUAUCGAAGACCAACUUUUGAACCCAUUAAUUUAGCUGAUGCUGAUUUUGCAGCAGCAAAUUUUUCUCCUUCUCCAAGUUAUAAUACUUCCGUUAAGCAAAGCUCAUUUAAAGAAACAAGAAAACUAAACAGUAAUCAUGUUGACAAUAAACAAACUGUUCUUCACUCACCUAAAUACCAGAAUGAAAUUGACUCUACUGAUGUUUCUCCGAUCAUACAUGAAUUGAAAGAUAGUACCAUUGAUGAUUGCACUGAAAUAAAUAAACAGAUUCUUGAUAAUUUACAUUCUGAUGAUAAGCCUGAUUUGCUUGAUUCUAAUAUUUUGAAUCCUUCACAGAUUCAUAUUAAUGGCGAUGAAACUGUUGAUGCAAACAAUCAACUUCCUGAUAUUACAUCUGUAAGGAGUACAGUUUCUAAGGAUGUUGAUGAAAUUCAACCAGUAUUUGAUUUAAUUAAACCACAUAUUUCUGUAUCUGUAUCUGAUGAAGAGGAACUUCCUCCUUUAGUUGAUGUUGGAUCAGUGAUUAAAGAAGACAUUCCUGAUUUGCAUGUUCGACCAAUUUCAUUUGAUGCAGUAGAUGAUAUAAGUGAAGGAGAGUUAGAAGAUUACUUGUCUAAUUUGGAAGUUGAUGCAAAUGACUCUGAUGAAGGUGAUAGUGUAGUAACAGAUACUAAAUUUGAAGAUGCAUGUGAACAUGAAAAUGCAUCUAGCUCUCAAAAUUUAAAUGAUUAUAAUAAUAUAGCUGUUGCAGAAGAUACUGGAAGUGAGGCAACAGAAAGUAACAUGGGUUUAUCUGGGUCAUCAAACAAAAAUGAAAAAACUGGUAUCAGUAAUCAGCACGACAGCAGUCAAAAAAUUGAAUCUGGUGAAAGAGGAAACUCUGAACAGUUCUCUAAAAUUGAAUCUGAAAAAGCUUCAUUAUUACAGGAAUUUCCUCCUGAAACAAGUUACGGAAACAAAAAAUGUGAACUAGAUAACAUUAAUUGUCGUUCUUGCACAAAUAAUGUGACAUCCAGUAGUAUAAAUUUAGCUGGGGGAGACAAUCUACCUAGUGAACCCCAAAAACAACAGAUUGAGAGAGUUCUUGAAGAACCCAUAUUAGAACCUACUCUUGAUAUUUUAACUGAUAAAUUAAAUAUGGAACCAAAGCUAGUAGAGCAAGCUGUUUCCAAUGAAACUCAAGUGCCUUUGACCAAUAAUGUAAAUGAAUUUCAAAAUUUUGUUGUUGAAAGUAGGACUAUUUCUGAAAAUAUGCAGGAAUCAACUGCUCCAGUAGAUAAUGUUUCAAAUUUUCAUGAAGUUGAUGCAAGUAUUCCAACAACAGGACAGAUUUAUGAGCCAGAUUCCAAUUCACUUGAUGAAAAUAAGCCUGCUCGACCAAGUAGUCUUACUAUAUCUACUACUGUUGGUAUUGAUAGUGAGGAAAGUCCAACACCUACCAAUACAUCAGGAAAUAAUAUUAACAGUCCAUUGGAUAGGUUGGGCAAAUAUCCUCCUUUUUGGGUUCCAGAUACUGAAACAGAUAAUUGUAUGCAAUGCCAUAAUAAGUUUACUGUUAUACGUAGAAGACAUCAUUGUAGAGCCUGUGGUUUGGUACUUUGCUCUAAAUGCUGUAAUUUGAAAGCACCAUUGGAAUACAUGGAAUUCAUGGAAGCUAGAGUUUGUCAACCUUGUUUCAAUGUAAUAUAUAGAGUGAGUUUAGAAGAUGAUAGAUAUAAUUUAGGAAGGCAACCCAACCCAAACAAUCCAAUGGAAUAUUGUUCUACUAUUCCUCCUUUACAACAAGCAGCAUCAACGAUGAAUCAGCCUCCUCCUUCUGUGUUGGUACCAACUGGUGUUUUGAAGCGUGAAGGUAAAUCUAAGUCGGAUGUACCAAAGCAAGUUAUAUUUAGUGAUGGGAUUAGGCCUGGUGGUGAUCUGACUGAGUUAGAUGGAUCAUCUGAGUCUAGUAGAAUUGUUCCACGAAAAGGUACUAGAAGAUUAGCCAGUCCAUCUGUCUAUGGAGCCAAAUCUUCAGCUAAAGUAACAAGAAGAAGUAUGGAUCCUAACACUCAAAGUUUUAUUUCUUCUGAUUCUGGUUACCCACCAAUAGCUAGUAAUGAAAAUGGUGAAUUCGUUUUUCACGAAGAUGUGCUUGAAGUUACCAAUGAACCUGUUAAAUUUGCUAUUAAUUACAACUUAUUUGUAAUUGUGAAGAAAGUGAAAUUGGAGUGUUGUGUUAAUCGUGAAUGUUGGAGUGCAUGUUCAGAUGGGCUAGCAUGCGUAGGGCAGGAUGAAGUUGGUAUUAUUCUCGAAUGUUUACCAGAUGAAGUGUUUCCUCCUCAAGACAUUUUUCAUUUAAUCAACACUCUACACUUGGAAGCAUCCAAAGGCACUACUGUGACAGAAAUGAGCUACACUCCUGCCUUUUCCAGUGAUCUUCUCGGCUCCAAAGAUCAUGGUGGUUUCAUCUAUAUUCGACCGACUUUUCAGUGUACUACAAAUUUGUUGUUGCCAGCUCAACCAUAUCUAAUUGCUAUUUUAGUUCAUAGAUGGGAAACUCCAUGGGCAAGACUCUUUCCUUUAAGGCUUAUUCUGAGACUUGGAGCUGAGUAUAGGUACUACCCUUGUCCUCUUGUUUCAAUUAGAAACAGACCUCCACUGUAUACAGAUAUAGGUCAUACAGUAAUGAAAAUUCUUGUGGACUUCAGAAAAUAUAGUUACUCAUUGCCAACUGUUCGGGGGUUAUUAAUUCAUAUGGAAGAUAGACAAACAACUAUACUUUUUCCUAGGAAUCGUUAUGACCAGGUUAUUAGAGCAAUAAACAAUUCCAAUGAAAGUGUACUGGCUUUUGGUGCUAAUUUAAGCCUUAUUGCUGAUUCGCAUCUUGUCUGUAUCCAAGGAACCAAAGAUGAAAAUAUCUAUCACACUCAAGCAAUCAAUAUCCACAACAAACCCCGUAGAGUGACUGGGGCUAGCUUUGUGGUUUUUAAUGGAACCCUUAAAACAGCUGGUCUUUCAGGAAAGAGCAGUAUCAUGGAAGAUGGACUAAUGGUUCAUUUACCUAGUGACAGUAUGGUUUCAUUGCGCAAUUCUCUCAGAGAGAUGAAAGAUUACAAAAUUUCUUGUGGACCUAAUGAUGAAGAAACAGUUGUUCUUCAAUGGACUGCUGAUGAUAUUAAUUUUAACAUUGGAGUAAAAAGUUACAUUGAUGGAAAACCUCUUGAUGGAGUACCAUCAAUUAGAGUUCACAAUGGAACUGAUCAUCCUGGAAGUUCUAAAAUUAUUCGCUGGACUGAAGUAUUUAUAUUACAGACUGAAGAAGAUAGCAAAGCAACUGAUCCAAUUGAUAUCAGUAGAGUAUCUGAAUCAUUAGCCCGUGCCACUUGCAUAGCAUUAGUUCCAGAAUUAGACUCUUUAUCUAAAGUGAAUUUGUCAACUAUUGCAGUAAGAGCAAAUAUUCACCCUGAUAAUGUUAGUUAUGAGGCCGGAGGCUUGUUUACCAAACUUCCAUCUCAUUACAUGAAUCUUUUGGAUGAAGAGUUGGUUCCAGUCAUUCAUCAGGCUGCAAUUUCAUCACAGGACACUCCUGCUAUUUUAGAAUUAGUUUUUAGAAUUAUGAAUCACCCAUAGCGCUUAAAAAUUCAGACCAAUGUAUAAAAAAAGAUUUGUUACUUAUAUAAGAUAUUUCAUUUAAUUUAAAGCAUACUAAAAAAUUUGAAUGUAGUAGCAUACAAGAGUGCAUUCAUAUUUGUUUCACCUAAUGCAAUACAAGCCUAACCAACUCUUUCAUUAUUAUAUAUGGAAAAGGUUUAUUAUUUUAUUUUGCAAUAAUAUAGAUUUUAGAAAAUUUAAUGUUGUAUUAUUAAGUUUCAGCACUUUUUAAUUUGAAAAAUAAUUGAUUUUGGAUAUAAACUAAUAAUAAAUUGUUUAUUAUAUGAAUUUUAAUGUAACACCAAUUGUUUUAAAUUAUGAUUGUAGGUAAC